AUGACAAACGUAAACAGGAUCAAGGUGGUCGUCCUCGGCGGCCCCAGAGUCGGUAAAUCAGCCGUGGUUGUGCGGUAUUUGACGAGGAGAUACAUCGGCGAGUACAGCUCGACCAGUGAUUUUCUCUACCGACACAGCGUCACUAUCGAUAAUGUGACGACGGAGGUCGAGAUACUUGACACAUCUAGGUGCGAGGAGAAUGGUUGUCUGUACUCGCAUAUACGGUGGGGCGAGGCCUUCGUCGUGGUUUACAGCGUGACAUGUAAGCGGAGCUUUCAGGAAGCCCGUGGACUUCUCAAACAACUCGCAGAUCUACGUCUGCCAUCCUAUUUCACCGCCCUUCUGCUCGGCAACAAAAGAGAUUUGGAUCAUGCACGAGAAGUGUGCGUGGACGAAGGUCAACAGCUCUCGUUGGCGCAUGGAUGUCAGUUUUAUGAGGUGAGCGCCGCGGAGAGUCCCGCGGGAGCGGCGUUAGCCUUUCAGGCGCUCCUGCGGGAGGCGAGAUCGGUCCAACUUCUGCGAGCGUUGCCGAUCCGCAGAAAACUGGGUGUACAUUCAGUUUCGAGAGUCCUCGGGACAAUCUUCGGCAAGAACACCACCAAGGAUCGUAAGAAGAGGCCGUCGUUAAGUAUAUGA